GUCUGCGCAGCGGCGGGCCGGGUUGCGGAGCCUUCGGUGAAAACUCUGUGGUUCAAGAUGGCCCCAAACAAGUCCAAACGUCAGAAGAAACCCGUGGCCCUACACAAAGUCUUGGUGGCGGGCAGCAGCGGUGGGAACCGGACCGCGCUGACUCUCCGGUUCCUGUACGGGGAGUCGGUGCAGGACUUUGAGCCCACGCGAGCCCUGAGCUAUCGGAAGAACGUGGUGCUGGAUGGGGAGGAAGUGCAGAUCGAUAUCGUGGAUCCAGUGGGGCAGGAGGACUACGCGGCGAUUAAAGACGGCUACAUACGGGCCCGGGACGGUUUCCUCUGCGUCUUCUCUGUUACAGAAAUGCAAUCCUUUGCAGCCACCGCUGACCUCAGGGAGCUGAUUCUAAGAGUUAAAGAAGAUGAGAACGUUCCAUUUCUGUUGGUUGGUAACAGAUCAGAUUUAGAAAGUGAGAGGCAGGUUUCUGUGCAGGAAGCGAAAGCCAGAGCCAAACAGUGGAAUGUUAAUUACGUUGAAGCAUCUGCAGAAACGCGUACUAACGUCGACAAGAUAUUUUUUGAUUUGAUGAGGGAAAUUCGAGCCAGAAAGAUGGAAGACAGCAGAGAAAAGAAAGGGAAAAAGGAGAAAAAAAGUUUAGUCAAGAAAAUGCUAGAAAGAUUCCUCAUUUAAUAAUCAAAGCCCAAACUACUUUCUU